GAAGGCAAACUUGCAGACUUAACGGGUUGCCCGGAAUCCUUUCCUUUCUUUUCCUCUCCUUAUCCCAGAGAUAACCGCAGCUCCACUUCAGCCCAGCAGCCCCUGUGGCCACUAGCGCCCCGAGGCUGCUUACGGUUCAGGUUCCUAGAACAGAUCUGUUCCUUGCCUCCCCCCAACCCCUCCAUCACUCCUGCGGGCUCUUCUCACUUCACUUUCCAGAACCCUCAGGACUCUAACCCUUAACCGGUGAACACCUCUUUAGCAACCUCGUCCCUCCCGAUUCCUGAGCAUUCAUUCCCACGCACCCGCUUUUCCCGGCUACUAUGAGCUCCCGGAUCAGCAAAAGUAGCUCCCUGGCCGCCUUGCUCCGGCAGCUGCACACCCUGGGACAGCCUCCCAGAACGGUGACGUCUGCUGAAUGUGCGGCCCCUCAGGCGCGGGAGGUACCACUCUGCCCGCUGAUGGAGCCCGGCCAGACGCAGGACGCAGCCGCCCUCCCUGGCCCCACAAACUGGCCACUACUGGGAAGCCUGCUAGAGAUUCUCUGGAAAGGAGGGCUCAAGAAACAGCACCACACGCUGGCAGAGUACCACAAGAAGUAUGGCAAGAUAUUUCGUAUGAAGUUGGGCUCCUUCGACUCUGUGCACCUGGGUUCUCCAUGCCUACUGGAAGAGUUGUACCGUACCGAGAGCGCCUAUCCCCAAAGGCUGGAGAUCAAACCAUGGAAGGCCUAUCGCGACUAUCGCGAGGAAGGAUAUGGGCUACUGAUCCUGGAAGGAGCAGACUGGCAGCGGGUCCGAAGUGCCUUUCAGAAGAAACUAAUGAAACCAGUGGAGGUUAUGAAGAUGGACAACAAAAUUAAUGAGGUCUUGGCUGACUUUAUGAGGAGAAUAGAUGAACUCCGUGAUGAGAGGGGCCACAUUGAAGACUUAUACAGCCAACUAAACAAAUGGUCAUUUGAGAGUAUCUGCCUUGUGCUCUAUGAGAAGAGAUUUGGGCUCCUUCAGAAGAAUAUAGGAGAUGAAGCUUUGAACUUCAUCAUGGCCAUCAAAAUAAUGAUGAGCACAUUUGGGAAGUUGAUGGUCACCCCAGUUGAACUGCACAAGAGCCUCAACACCAAAGUAUGGCAGGCCCACACACAGGCCUGGGACACCAUCUUCAAGUCAGUCAAAUCUUGUGUUGACAAUCGGUUAGAGAAAUAUUCUGAGCAGCCCAGCAUGGAUUUCCUUUGUGACAUUUAUCACCACAAUCAGCUUUCAAAGAAAGAAUUGUAUGCUGCUGUCACUGAGCUACAGCUGGCUGCCGUGGAAACGACAGCGAACAGCUUAAUGUGGAUUCUCUACAAUUUGUCUCGUAAUCGACAUGUGCAGCAAAAGCUUCUUAAGGAAAUUCAGACUGUAUUGCCUGAAAAUCAGAUGCCCCGGGCAGAGGAUUUGAAGAAUAUGCCAUAUUUAAAAGCCUGUAUGAAAGAAUCUAUGAGGCUUACUCCCAGUGUACCAUUUACAACUAGGACUCUGGACAAGACAACAGUCCUGGGUGAAUAUGCUUUACCCAAAGGAACAGUAUUGACACUAAAUACCCAGGUCUUGGGGUCCAAUGAAGAAAAUUUUGAAGAUUCAAGCCAGUUUAGGCCAGAACGAUGGCUCCAAGAGAAGAAAAAGAUUAAUCCUUUUGCUCACCUUCCAUUUGGUGUUGGGAAAAGAAUGUGCAUUGGUCGCCGUCUGGCAGAACUUCAGCUCCACUUGGCUCUUUGUUGGAUCAUUCGCAAAUAUGACAUUGUGGCUACAGAUCAGGAACCUGUGGAGAUGCUGCACUUGGGUAUCUUGAUGCCCAGCCGGGAGCUCCCUAUAGCUUUUCACCAGCGAUAAGACUCUCAAGAUUUCUCCCCACCAAAACCAAGAGGAGACAUUUUGACUCUUCUGGAAGAAUGUUGCUAUGACUGCUUCUUUUAUUCUCCUCCUUUUUAAUUUUACUUUAUUUUAACCAGAGCACUGUUUAGCUCUGGCUUUUGAUGAUAUAGAGGAUUAAUCCUGGAACUUUGGAACUUCAGGGAAGAGUCUGUUUACAUAAAAGUCAUGCUAUUUCCCUUACCCUAUGACUUUCUAAGUUACUAAAAAACAACUUCAAAUCCAAGAGCCAAAAUACAGUAUAUAAAGAACACUUGGGCUCAGGAAUUUAUACACUCAGAUCUCUACAAAUUUUAAAGAAAUACUUUCUACAUAGAUGAUGAUAUUUAUUGAGAUUGUAUUUGAUUCAGGAAGGUGAAUUAACUGGAUCAAUGCACUUUGGCUGUGCUUAUUGAGGUUAGCAUUGUAUUGAUUUGCAUAAGAAAGUCCAUUAUCCUGUUUUCUCUUGCAUCUAAUGAUAAAGAAGGCAGGGUAGACCCUUCUAAGUUAAGUAGGCAUAAGUCAUUGUAUGUUUUGGUCCCUGCCUUACCAAACUUAUUUCUUGAAUUUUUACUUCUCAAGAUUAAGUUUACAUUUCAUAGUGAAAAGCCCACAGCAGCUAGAUUAUCUGGUGCUUGCAGUAAUAUUGUCCAUUCAUUUACAGUAAGUCUGUUAGUAUGAUACUUAAAAAUAAAUAACUUUUUUUAGUAAUGUACACAACAUUAAAUGUUAGUUAAUGUUAUCAGGUGCCCAUAAAACUAUAUCAUUUCUGUGUUUAAAUAGAAACAUCAUUAGGAAUUAGAAAUAAAUUAAGAAUUAGCUUAAUAAAAUCAAAAUCAUUUAUUUAAGACAUUCUUUAUCAUUUGCUGUGCCAUCAUUUUGAUAGAGGGCCCUGAAAUUAUUUACUUAAUGUAUUUACUUAGGACAUUAUGGAAUGGAUCAAUUAUUUUAAAAUUAUAUAUGUGUUCGUAAUGGAAAUUUAUUUAUGUCGUUUUAAAAAAUGUACAUGGCAUUUGAUUUAGGGUCUAUGAUUUAAAGGAUGCUUUUUGAGGCUUAGUUAUAGCUUAAAAAUAUUUUAUAACCAUUGGUAAGUCAUUUCCAGUCCUUAAAUUUUCUAGCUAUGUAUUGAGACUGUAAUAAAGUGUGCAUUUUAUAUUACUAUAUUACAUUUAUUAUGUGAUCUAAGUGCCUGCAUAAAAUAUGAUGUCUUCCAUGAGAAAUACAUAGAGAAUAAUGCAAUGUUUUAAAGACUUCUUAAAAUUGUGUUUACAUACAGUUUGUUUACACAUUUUACAACUAUUUUCCUAAAGACUGAAUAUUUAUACACAUAGGAUAAAUAUUUUCCUGCUUAGGUUAUAUUUUUACAUUUGGGUAAAUAAGUAUAUAUUAUGAAAAGUGAGUGCAUGAUUUCUUCUAUAAAAUCAUGUUGAGAACUGUAAAUCCCCCUGUAUUAUCAGCUUCAGUUGUAUGUGUUUUUUAGUUCUCCAAGAACAAGAAUAAAAGUUUCAAAACAUUUGACAGAUGUUUCAUCCUCAUUACAUUUGUUAAAACAUUCAGACUUUGUCCCUUACUAGAAAAUGUGCUCAUGUAGUCAAGUAAUAAGCUCUAAAUUAUGAAAUCUGGGAGUCAGGUGGUAGUGCAGCAUGUUAAGUGCAUGUAGCACAAAACACAAGGACAGGCAUAAGGACCCUAGUUCGAGCCCUGGCUCCCUGCCUGCAGGGGAGUCACUUCACAAGUGGUGAAGCAGGUCUGCAGGUGUCUGUCUUUCUCUCCCCCUCUCUGUCUUUCCCCUACUCUCUCCAUUUCUCUCUGUCCUAUCCAACAACGACAAC